AUGGAAAUUUUGUUGGAGUGCAUGGAUCAACAUUUUCCGGGUCUCAAAACUGCUGAUUCGAGGACUUUCUUGGUGUCACAGGGGUACUUGGGGAUCCAAACAAACCAUGGACAAGUUGCGGCGAGAACAGAUCUCUCUGUGGGAUCGAUGACUGAGGAGUCGAGGUCUGAACUUGCACAGGUGAACCUAAAAAUGCUGGGAGCAAAACCAUGCAGUUGGGACAGUAGAAACAAGUUGUUUCUUGAGGCGGUUGUAGACAAUACAUGGUGGUAG